GGAUUUUCCAGCAGCGAGGAGCGAACGCCGAAAAUUGAAAAUACUCCCAUUUGAUACCCAAGGAUGCUCCGCGAGUGCCUGGCGCUGAUAGCCCUCCUCCAGCUGGGGGGCUUGGCGCAGGCAGUGCCCACCAUCCAGGGCGGUAAUCCACGCCAGCAGCUGGACAAGAGCUUCUUUCAGCCGCCAGAGAUUGAGCAGACAAUCGAUGAGGUGCAAAAGAUACUGGCCAAUGAUCCAGCUCUACCCAGAUUAACGAGGGGCGAGAUCGAGGAGCUGUACGAGAAGGUGACGCGUGAGGAGUACGAGAAGAGUCUGGAGGCGGGUGACAUGAGUCGGGCGGACAGCAUGCGAGCCCUGAUGCUUGUCCUGCCCUUCAACACGGAUAAUAAUACAGAGGAGAACCUCCAGGAGCUGUAUACACGUCCCCCGGUGACACGGGUUAUCGAUGGCUACACUCCACCCGAUCCCGUCAAGUUCCUAACCCCGGAUCCCAAUGCUUUGCCGAGGAGCACAGUGCCGGGUGGUAAUCCCGCAGUGGCGGCCACUACAUACAAGCCAGCCUACAGUCUGAAUCUGGCAAAUCCCCUCCAGCAGCAGCAGUUCAGGCCUAUGCCGCUGGCCACCACCUAUCAUCCGCCAGCUCCACCGCCGGUGCUUUACCAGGACUUCAAACCUGUCACAGCAGCGGCGGCGGCAGCUCCUCCUCCUGCUGCUGCUCCUCCCCAGGCUGCCCGAUUCAGCUCCCACUACAGUGCCAAGAAUGCGCAGUUUCUGAGGAAGCCCAAGCCCUCCAGUGCCACCACAGUGACAGUGAAGCCAGUGGCGGACAUCCUAGAGAGUCUGGGCAUCGUUUCCGGCGGUGGAGGUGGAAGUGGGAAGAGCGAUUCAGCCCACAAGCGUUAUGCCCUGGAUGACUACUAUCCGGCGGAGAGUGCACCACAGCCAUCGGUGGUGGCAGUGGCAGAUCUGCGUGGCCUCCAAGGAGCGCGAAUCCGGCCGGAGGCUUACUCCAACUUCAAGCCCCUGAACAUAGGGGAGGAGCUGCGAGUGAAACCCGAAGUGGAGGGCUACCUGACACGCUUUGGUAUUGUUAAGAAGGCACCCAAGGCUCUGAAGAAGGAGCCCCAGGCAGGUGCCAAGCCCACGGAGGAACCCGCGGGUGCCCACACGGAACUAUCCACGGCGACAGCUCGAUUGCCACCACAGAGUAAUGCAGAGCUGGCCAAGCUGCUGGAGAACCUGCAGGAACUAGAGCGGCUUCAAUCGCAGCCCAAGCAGAAGCCGAGGAGCACGACUAGCACCACUAGCACCACAACAAGUACCACCACCACCACGACGACAACAACUCCUGCUCCAGUGCAGCUAAUCACACACGGAGAGCCCCUGCUCAUCGAGGCCAAGAAGCCACGUCGAAGGAUUGAUCCCAACAUAGACCUGAACUUUGCCAAUGGAGGCAACCAGCAGGCCACGGCCACCAGCACCGAUGAGCUGUCCAAGCUGCUGCAGAAUCUCCAGGAGCUGGAGAAGCUCAAGAUUAAUCCAGAGAAUGUGAUCAAGGCAGCCGGUCCCAGUGCCCAGACCCUGGCCAGUAGGUUCUCCACGACCACAAGUACGACCACAACGACGACACCUUCACCUGCCCAGAGCGAGGCCCGUGAGCUGCAGCGCAUCCUGAAGCAGCUGCAGCAAUUGGAGCAGUCCAGGAGCACCACCUCGACCAGCACUACGGUUAGGCCUGCAAAGAAUUCUGGUCUGGGCGCAGCCCUGGGUCUGGGUCUGGGCUUGGGUCCAGGCAGUGGCUUGGGCCCCGCCGAUCUUCUCCAGCUGCAGCGACUCCUUAGCGACGAUCGUGAGCUGGAGAAGCUAUACGAGCAGGCCAGGAACAGCAAAAAGAAGCAACAGCAGCCACCCAAGACGACCACAACCACGACGAGCACUAGUUCCAGUACAAGCACCACCACGACCACGACACCCAGGCCCACUCCCUCGGUGGAUCAUGCCCAGUUUGAGGCACUGAUAACCCGCGUCCAGCAGCUGGAGCAACUGCAGCAACCCACCACGCCACCGAACUUCCUCAGCCGCAAUGUGGCAGCCAACUCCAGGCCGGGUCAGAGCCAGAGCCUGCCCAGCAACGACUUUGCUCACCUCCAGGAGCUGUCCCCCACACAGACUCCCGGCUACAGCAACGGUUUGGGAUCAGUGGAGAUAUCCACAGCGGCGUCCACCUCCAAGCAGAGACCUCUGAGCAGCUUCGAGAGGAGUAAUGGACUCCACCACGAUGAAGUGCAGCCGCAGGACUAUGUCCAGUUGCAGAAGCUGCUCAGCAAGGUGCAGGAACUGGAGCGUGUUCAGCUCACCCAUCCACAGACGCAGGCCCAAUCCCAAUUGGUCACCGCUGCCUCGGUGCGAAGUCCGAAUGUAAAGAGCCUCAAUGGUGCCCACAUAGUCUACGCCCAGCCGGCCAAGGAGCAGGCUCUGCUGGACACCGAACCGGAGCUUAAGCUGGAUCUGCCCGUCUACCAGAAGCCUUAUACCACCACCACGACAGCCAUACCACCGCUGCAAUCCUCCAGCGAGGAGCUGCGGGAGCUGGCCAUGAGCCAGCCAGCUCAUCCUCAGCGUGGCGCAGCCUCAGAGCUGGACUUUGGCCAGUUCCAGCAGUUCUUUGGCAGCCUGGAGGAUACGGGUGAGCGACAGAGCUACCAGCACAUGCAGCCCAUCUACAAGACGGUCCAGGUUCAGAGUCAGAGUCAGAGCCAGGCCACGCCACCGGCACCGGCACCGCCACGUUUUGUGCCCGCCCGAAGAGCCACCAGCACCAGCACCACCACCAGCAAGCCCAGCACUGGAGGUCCCAGGAAGGCUGAUCUUGCAGAGCUGCAGAAGUUGCUCUACAACACACAGCAGUUGCAGAAGCUGGGAGUGGCUUUGCCCCACGAGCUAUCCCAGCAGCUUGAGAGUCAGCUGCAGGCCACCUCCUCCUCCUCCUCCAGCAGCAGCAGCAGUAGCAGUACAACCACAACGACGCCUGCUCCUGUCCAGGUGCACGAUACCUCCUCACCGGCUGUCUUCUCGCUGACCACCAGCCGUCCGAGGAUACGCAUCCAGCAGCUGGAGACGGCCAGACCGAGCACGGAGAGCAGCGUGGAGCUGCCCGUCUUCAGUGCCACCAAGAUCAUUGAGGCGGCCAUCAAGCGGGCGGCCAAUAGGAUAGGUGUGAGCACUGAGCUGGCUCCCAAGCUGGGCCUAGCCGUGGGCAGCGGCUUCCGCCGACGCAGCGAUGAGGGUGAUCCUGAGGAGGAACUUGAUGCUGGUGAGUCUGAUAGCAGGCUGGGUGAACUGGAUGGUGACCUGAUGGCAGAGUUUAGUGAGUUAAACUACCAGCUAGCCAAGCCGGAAGAAGAGUCCGGCGCAGAGUCCCGGACCAAGGACAAGAGGGAGGACUCCAAGAGUGAGCUCACUGAGCUGCAGCGUCUAAUCAGUAACCUCCAGGAGCUGCAGCAGCUGAACGUGAGCCUGGAUCAGGUGACCGUUAGCAGUACACCUAGUCCGAGUCCAAGUCAAGAUGCUGCCUACCUCCAGUCCCUGCAGAUUGGCCAGGAUGAGACCUUGAAGUCGCGGCGGCAGAGUGAGGCCAAUGAUACCAGCAGUGCAGCUGGCAAGAAGGCGGAGGAGCAGCUGGACACGGCCUCCACAACCCAGGCACCGACCAGGAUUAGUCUCAGUCUAGGCCUGGACAGCGACACCGAUGGCGACACCAAGGGGGCGGCCGAAGAGCAGGAGUCGGAGUCCAGCAGCAGCAGCAGCAGCUCGACCACCACCACCACGGAGGAGUCACGGAAUGGCUCCCUGGAUGACCUGGCCGACUCCUUUGGCCCGGAUCCUGUCAGCGAAGAGCCACCGCCGCCAAAGAAGAAGAAUGGCUUUUACUUUCUGGCCGACUGGAACUCGUUCCUCGAGGUGGGCGACGGCGACGACCAGGUGGUGGUCCGUCUAAGUCCCAAGAUUGGCGAUCCGCGCCUCUUCCUGCCCUUCAAGAUUCCCUCGUCGUAGGCCUUGGACUUGGGACACCAGGCGUAGCUGUAUAUAUGAUUCCCUCGCUUUUUUUUACUUCCUCCUAUCCUAUUCCUGAUCCUUGUUAUCGUCGCAAUGUGUGUGUAUUUAUUGUAGUCACUGUCGUCCUUUCCCGUCCGCCUUCCUUCACCCUCCGGAUAAGGGAUCCGCAAAUCCGGGGACCCGUAGUCGUAAGUCGGGCCUAGGCUGUAAGAGUCAAUCACCGUGCA